AAAAGCCAGAGUUCAAAGUCGCUCUUCAAACAUCAAACUCCUUUUAUAAGCUCUCUACCAAAGCAAAAUACAUGAAUCCAACUUUUUUUCCUCUCUUUCUCCCCCCAUGACAAAACCCAUCUUCUCUUCUUACCCAGCAGUGCCCACAUUUUUCUCACUUUAAUCCAAUUAUUUAGUCUUGGUUUUCUUGAUUCAGAGUAACUGUAUUGAAAUCAAGAAGCUGAAUCCUUUUACGUAGUCUUUUUUUUUUGGUUCUUUUUUAGACUAGUAGUAAUGGUGACAAAGUUCGUUAUUUUUGUUUUGGUUUUCUUGAGGUUAUUCUCAUUUGGUUUUGUAGCCUCUAGGGAACUUCAUCACAAUUUUGUGAUCAAUACAAACUCUAAUGCUACUGGUAUUGAAUUCCCUCAACAUCCAAGUUUCAAUGUUGUUUCUUCUUCUGGCAACUCGGGUUGCACUCAUGGCACAACAUCCAAGAAUUCAACAAAUGAAGAAGAUGUUAUGGUAUUUGGAGACCAAACAAGAAAAGCUGUCAAGUUUCACCUAAGGCAUAGAUUAGCUGGUCAAAAUAUAGAAGCUAAAGAUUCUGUUUUUGAGUCCACAUCAAGGGACUUAGGUAGAAUUCAGACAUUGCAUACAAGGAUUGUUGAGAAAAAGAAUCAAAACUCUAUUUCAAGAUUGGAAAAAAAUAGUGAAAAAGAAUCAUCUUCAUUUGAACUUUCAGGCAAGUUAAUGGCAACUUUGGAAUCAGGGGUAAGUCUUGGAUCAGGAGAGUAUUUUAUGGAUGUUUUUGUUGGUACACCUCCUAAACACUUUUCUUUGAUUCUUGAUACUGGUAGUGAUCUUAAUUGGAUUCAAUGUGUACCUUGUUAUGAUUGUUUUGAACAAAAUGGUCCUCAUUAUGAUCCUAAAGACUCAAGUUCUUUUAGGAAUAUAAACUGUCAUGAUCCAAAGUGUCAACUUGUUUCAUCACCUGACCCUCCACAGCCUUGCAAGAGUACUGAGAAAAACCAAACAUGCCCUUAUUACUAUUGGUACGGAGACAGCUCGAAUACAACUGGUGAUUUCGCGCUCGAAACAUUUUCGAUUAAUCUCACGACACCUAGUGGGAACUCGGAAAUCAAGAAGGUGGAAAAUGUGAUGUUUGGUUGUGGUCAUUGGAAUAGAGGUUUGUUUCAUGGUGCUACAGGUUUGCUGGGACUUGGUAGGGGACCACUUUCGUUUUCAUCUCAGCUUCAAUCUUUAUAUGGACAUUCUUUUUCGUAUUGUCUGGUCAAUAGGAAUAGCGAUUCCAGUGUCAGCAGCAAACUGAUUUUCGGUGAAGAUAAGGAGCUUUUGAAACAUCCAAACCUGAACUUCACUUCACUUGUUGGUGGAACGAAAGAAAACCCCGCAGAAACAUUCUACUAUGUACAGAUAAAAUCAGUCAUAGUUGGAGAUGAAGUGCUAAAAAUACCCGCGGAGACGUGGAAUAUGUCUCCAGAAGGUGUUGGUGGCACGAUCAUCGAUUCAGGAACCACUUUGAGUUAUUUUGCCGAACCAGCAUAUGAGAUUAUAAAAGAUGCAUUUGUUAACAAAGUGAAGGGCUAUCGUAUUGUACAAGACUUUCCCAUUCUGAGACCAUGUUACAAUGUGUCUGGAGUGGAGAAUCUUGAAUUGCCAUCAUUUACGAUAGUUUUUGGUGAUGGAGCUGUGUGGAAUUUUCCGGUCGAGAACUACUUUAUUAAACUUGAUCCAGAGGACAUUGUUUGUUUGGCAAUUUUGGGUACUCCUCACUCUGCUAUGUCAAUAAUUGGUAAUUACCAACAACAGAAUUUUCAUAUCUUAUAUGAUACCAAAAGGUCCAGACUAGGAUAUGCACCAACAAGAUGUGCUGAUGCCUGAUAUGUUGACUAGUUUUUUUGGGGGGUGGAAGGUGGAAAACUGUAAAUACAGUGGGAGGUUAGAAGGAAUAUGUUCAUUUUUUUCCCUGAUUUUACUACUUAUAGUUAUAGAUACAAAAUGUAGGUUUAUAUGUCUCUUACCUUUUCAGGUGUGUAGAUGAUUAUUAUACAUUGUUUGACAGAAACUGGCUUCAAUAUAUAUAAUAAUUAAACUUUCAAGAACUUCUAUUUUCAUAUCUGAAUGAGUGCUUUUAUAAUUCGCUACAAUAUAGGGCGGUAGCGACAUACUUGUUUUUCCUAUUUGAAUGAAAGAGGGAAUUACCCAUCUAAUAGCCCUUUCUUCGACAACGGUCCAUCCAUGUAAGAUACACUUCUUAUCGGGCUUUCAUUUAAAUUAAGUACAAAUAAAGAAAAAUCCUAUCAAUAGAGAGUUUACAGAUGUUUUUCUAUUUUUCAUUGUAUAGAUAUCUCCACAAGUUUCAGCUGUUGAAUCUUCUGAAUGUCACACCUGCCAGGCCAGGCUCAUAAUGUCAAG